UUAGCUAGGGGACUCCAACAAACCCUUCAAUUCUGCCCCUUUUUCUUUGGAACCAUUCUUGGUCAAACCGGCACUCGCCGGAUAAUUUUCCAGAUUGGUUCUUUUCAAGAUUUUUCCGGUGAGGGAGAUCUGCUGCCAAUUCAGGUGUCGUAACCUUCAAUGGUCUUCAUCUGCCACACUUUUUAUUGCCAGCUCUUGUAGACAUGGGAAGAAAACUAGAGCAUGCCCAUUUUUCAACUAGCAACAAAUUGACAUUUCUGGGUAUCGAUUCGUGGAAGAACAUAUCUCAAAGAAUCAUUAGACGUGCCUUUUGUUGGUAUUGUUAGCUUCGAGAUCGACUCGAUCGAUAAAUAACCAUGCUCGAAAACCACCAUCUAGAAUUCAUCAAACAGACAAUGUUGAAGCAUGAAGAUACUUUCAGACAUCAGGUAAGGGAACUUCAUCGGUUGUAUCAUGUCCAAAAGAAUCUGAUAAGUACUUUGAGAAACGAUACUAAACUAGAUACUACGUCUGUUCCAAAUGCUACUACGGACAAUGGGAAUGAAGAUUUAGGUGUUGAUCUUUCAAGACACGCCAAGGAAUGCACGUUAUAUGGAGAGAGUAGCGGGGACCAAACGGGAUGUAAUGAUGUGGAACUAACGUUAAGUAUUGGACCUAGCACUAGUAUAAGAAGAUCACAAAGCUGUCUCCAUCAAACCGGAGACAACGACUCUGAGGUCACAACGAAAACGAAUUUGGCAAAUUCAAGCACAUUGUACAAUCAAGAUAGCAAGAGACCACAUUGGCUUUUUCAAGAUCUAAGCUUAAAUAGAACAUAACACAAUUUUUAUUUUUUUGGGAGUUUUUAGAUGUGUGUUUUGUAUCAAUUGACUAACAAACUAUACGUACAAGAAGCCAAUUUUA